CUGCCUUCGACGACGUCCGGCUGCUGUUGACUGCCUGCUGUUUUACAUUGCUCCGGUGGUUCCGGAAAGUUCAGUUUUUGUUGUUAUCGAUCGAGAUGUUCCUGAGUUGAAUCCUGUCCUGACAGCGUUCUGAACAAGAGAAUCUUUUGUAUAGCAGGUUUACACACACCUUGAACCAUGGCUGCAGAGCCGAGCGGCCAGGAUGUGAGCCAGAGGAUUCGAAAUGCGAUCAGGUCAAAGCUAGUCGAUAUUGGAUGUUAUGUCGACGAUGAGCUCCCCGAUUACGUUAUGGUGAUGAUCGCAAACAAGAAAACCAAAGAUCAGAUGAAAGCGGAUCUCGAACUCUUCCUCGGAGAAUACUGCACUUCGUUUUGUGACUGGCUUCAUCAAGUUCUCGACCAUCUCCAGCGUUAUGCCCGUGAGGGGAAGAGGCGUUUGGAGUUAUUCGAUGAGCGGAGCAAAAACAGGACGUCCGUCGGCGACUCGGAAGAUGAGGUUGACCUACAUCCUAAUGCUGAGGAAGCGCGGGAUUUCCCAGAUUUCGAAUCGAAGGAUAACAGCGAUUCGAAGAAGAAGAUCGAUUCCAAGAAAUCGAGAAGUCCAUUGCGGAAGAUCGAGGAGAAAACGAAAAAACGUCUCAGAGACCGAGUCGAAGAAGUCGCCAAGGAGGUGAAGAGAAAAGACGAGAGCAGGGGAGCGGCUCACAAAAACGAGUCCUCGCGGCAGAAGAUCGAAAUGGCCGACGAUCGCUCCCGGAAAGGAACUUCCGUGGAUGAAAAGAGCCCGCCCAAGACCGAGAGGAAAAAACGAGCUUCCCCCGAGUCGUCGCGUGGAACGAAAACUCGGGGAAAAGAUCGGAAAGAGGAUCGAUCGGAGAAGAAAGGAGAGAAAAACCAUAGCGAUAAGAAGAAGCAUGCCGCCGAGGAGAAGGAGACGAACCGAGAGCGACAGAAGAACAGCGAACGACAACACACGGAUAGCGAUUCUAGAACUCGCUCAUCGACGAGUGCGCUGCGCUCCAGCAUCAAGUCCGCGGUGUCGGCGAAGACUCAAGAUAGUGAAAGUGAUGAGUAUGAGGAGUACGAUCCAUCGAAACCCCAGUUGCGCAGCAUUGCGAAAAUAGCCCCCAGGAAGAAACUCAUGGCGAGGGAUUCCCUUGAGAAGAACAAGCUAUUGGCGAAAGCUAUCCUCGAUGCGAACAAUAGCAUUCAGCAAGGGCUCCCAGCUAAGAAGAUCUUGAGGACUGAGCCACCUUCAUCUGCGAAUUCACAACCGAAACGCAGCAUCCGCGACAGAUUAGGAGCUUACGUUACUGACGCAAUCGCCUCAAGAGUUGCAAUGGCUCAGCGCUUCCAUGAAAUGCCCCCGAGUCUCGGCGACGAAGAUGAGGAUGAAGAAAACACAUUGUCGAACGACCGCCAUGCGAAGCCCCCUACAGGGCAUGUCGAGGACCUGAGACUUUCGUUACGGAAAAAAGAGAAGAGGAAUUUUGAAGAGAAGCAUGCCACCUCAGAAAACAAGGAUUUUGUCCAGGAGGCGACAGAGCAUAGAAAGCAUACAGGCCUACCGGAACCUGAAAGAGUCCCUGCGAAAUCCGCGAAAGAGCCAUCGAGAUCGACGAAUCCAGAUCAGACUGCACCUGCGAAAAUUUGUGAGGGUAAUGUUCCGAAACAGAGCAUCCCGGCAGUCAAGGUGGAGGAAACACCGAAGAACGUGAUUGUCAGAAACGGGAUGAUCGUCAAACCAAGUCCCCUACUAGAAGCUUGUGGACUAAGCGAGAUCAAGAAACGGAAGAUUGAGGCUCCGAGUCCCUCGUCGGAUGAUGAUUCGAAGCUAUCGGAGAGUCCACAGAAGAGAGUAAAAUCCGCGAAGGCGGAUCACAUACCUCUGAAAUCUCUUGACGAUCUCAUAAAACCGGGUCAGGCCGAUUUGGCGAUAAGACCUCCACGACGACGGUGCCAUUUCGACCCGAGCUGCACCAACGUAUCGUGCCCCUUCGCACAUCCAGGGCAGCCGUGUACCAGUUUCCCUCAUUGUGGUCUGAAAGCCUCAGUCUGCAACUUCAGACACCCACCGUGCUAUUACGAUAAAUCGUGCUCGAGCAGAACUUGUCAAUUCAACCACAAACACGAUGGCAUGCCGACCCCCGAAGACGCGAAACCGGCUCCGUGUAAAUACUUCCCGAACUGCACCAACGCAGCCUGCCCAUUCUAUCACCCCCCGAUUCCGUGUAAAUUUGGUCUCCGCUGCCAGGCAUUAACUUGCCCAUUCGUCCAUCCGCAAAAAUCAACGGUUGCUAAAUUGAAAUGGGUCGCCCACUGAGGACUGCACUAGCGCGUGAGGAAUAAGUCGGAGUAAGCGAAGCUCGAUCCUACCUAUAGAGUUCCCAGAGCAUCUCCCGUAUUCCUAAUCGGGGAGCACCAAUCAGUGAGCUUUACACGUUUGAGAAAUAAAUGCGUGCUCCAUGUUCUACUGGCUAGAUGUGGGGCUCC